AUGAUACAGACCGACCUGCUGCCCCAUGUCUCUGAACCUCCACACACCAACCAGACCGACCUGCUGCCCCAUGUCUCUGAGCCUCCACACAGAACCAACCACACCGACCUGCUGCCCCAUGUCUCUGAGCCUCCACACACCAACCAGACCGACCUGCUGCCCCAUGUCUCUAAACCUCCACACAGAACCAACCACACCGACCUGCUGCCCCAUGUCUCUGAGCCUCCACACACCAACCAGACCAACCUGCUGCCCCAUGUCUCUGAGCCUCCACACACCAACCAGACCGACCUGCUGCCCCAUGUCUCUGAGCCUCCACACAGAACCAACCAGACCGACCUGCUGCCCCAUGUCUCUGAGCCUCCACACAGAACCAACCAGACCAACCUGCUGCCCCAUGUCUCUGAGCCUCCACACAGAACCAACCAGACCGACCUGCUGCCCCAUGUCUCUGAGCCUCCACACUCCAACCAGACCGACCUGCUGCCCCAUGUCUCUGAACCUCCACACACCAACCAGACCGACCUGCUGCCCCAUGUCUCUGAGCCUCCACACAGAACCAACCAGACCGACCUGCUGCCCCAUGUCUCUGAGCCUCCACACAGAACCAACCAGACCGACCUGCUGCCCCAUGUCUCUGAGCCUCCACACAGAACCAACCAGACCGACCUGCUGCCCCAUGUCUCUGAGCCUCCACACUCCAACCAGACCGACCUGCUGCCCCAUGUCUCUGAGCCUCCACACAGAACCAACCAGACCGACCUGCUGCCCCAUGUCUCUGAGCCUCCACACUCCAACCAGACCGACCUGCUGCCCCAUGUCUCUGAGCCUCCACACUCCAACCAGACCGACCUGCUGCCCCAUGUCUCUGAGCCUCCACACAGAACCUCCACACUCCAACCAGACCGACCUGCUGCCCCAUGUCUCUGA